ACCUAAAGGAGGAUGCUUUUCCGCCUCUGGGGGCCUCCCCUUCCUGCGCUCCCAUUGGCCCGCGGUGCGCUUCAGCCGCGUUGACGUCAGACUCAGCCGCCCCUGCAGCGCUGAAUGGACCUCGGAGCCUGUCUGAUUCACUCCAAACCUGCUCGGCACGGCACGGACAUCACCCCGGGAAUAGAGACAUAACAGGGGACAGAGGGAGCUGCUGUAGAAAGAGGGAGAAAGAGAGGGAGAGGAAGAGAGAGAGAGAGAGAGAGAGGCCUCAACACCAGAAGAAAGACACCCUCAUUUUUUUUCUGCACAAGACUGGACGGGGGAGUGCGCCCACCGUGUUGCGGGUGUAUGCGCGUGCGUUUGUGUCCCGGUUUGGAUCACGAUGAUGCAAAGUGCGGCGGUCCUACCGACAGAGAGUCCUGUUAAGAGUUUACCUGAGAUUCUCGGAGUGCCACUGCAACGUAAGACAUCUUUUACUUCCCUCCUUUAUUUUCCCUGUGGUUUAUGAUUCCGGAUAAAGACAUUGGCGCGUACAUCCUGUGCUGCAGGGUUCUUCUGUAUGUGGAGAGGGUUUGGGAAGAGUAACCCGGCCAAAGAGGAGGAAAGGAAAGGAAAGGAUAGGAGGACGGGGCUCCUAGCUAUAGACUGUCACGUACAGGCCACUGAUGUGUCAUGCGGAUUCUAUAUUUUAGGACAGAAAAACGUCAAAUUCAUAGAGAUAUUUGGUCUAAAAGUAAGAGGUGUCAAUCUAAUCUUUGCAUUUUCAAACAUCUGGAGACUAUAUUCUGCUUUAGCGCGCACAGGAUGACAGACAAUGAAUGCUAUCCUUUAAAAAAAGUAAAUAAAAUAGAUCAAAUGUAAGGCAUCAGCAGGUUUUCCUUCCUUAGGUUGUUGGACUUCUAUCGAGCCUUCAGGCAGCUGUGAAUUUGUAAACGAGCAUCGUGGUCAAGAGAUCAGACACAGUUGUCAUCAGCCAUCCGACAAACACACUUUGACUUUGACUGACAUCAUUACACACUCCAAGAAGUGCCAGAAACACUUGGUUUUUGUUUGUCUCUGGAGAAAGGCCCAGACAUCAGUUUAUUACAUUGAUCAGAUCUAUAAUUCAAGACGGUUUGAGUGUUUUUGAUAGUUCAGGCUCAUGAUAAUGCAAAAUAAGAUCAGAUGUUUAUUAGUAUUUUCAUCCACACUAAAGGCGAGAAUCUCCCUGAGAAGUGUUGGUCCGGCGUGUUAAUCUGUGGCAGGCCUUUUAUAAUCUGAUCGUGCUGUCAAGAUUAAACUGCAACGGGAUACAUGUCUGCUUUGACCUCAUUUACAAGAAUCACUAAACUGUACAGAAAAAAAAAAAAAUCAGCAAAAUUGGAGAUAAUAAUAUUUUUGGCAUCAAAAGACGAAGAAUAAAAGAUGAAGCUUUUCUGCUCAAUUAACCCUUCAAUACGAAUUAUAACAAAUAUUAUUUUAAUUUUACAAUACUGCAGCUGUAAAUAAUAAGGGCAACACUAAAGCAAAACCAUCUGAUCCAAAUUUUAAUCCCCAAAACCUUCUUCGGUUUGUCUCAAGGAAAAAUGGUCUAAGUGUGCUCGGUUUAUGCUCUUUAAUUUCAAAACCCAGAUUAAAAGAUUGGAUAAGGAUCCUGCCACUCAGCCUUCCUCCCCCUGGAUUUAAAUCUGGAUUAUAAAAGCAGCAGAUAAUUCAUCCAAACAUAUUUUAGUAUAUCCUGGACAGAGUUCUCUGCUGACUCAGGGCAAUUACAUCCAAACCUUAACCUGUGGGCUGUUAGUCUGCGAGACAAAGUGUUUACUUCACGUUUAAUUACCACAAAUCAUUGGACAAUUGGAAGCAUGAGAGGCUGCCAGAGUGCAAUCCUUCUUCUAUAAGAAAAAAAAAAUAACAAGAGAGCCUGUUAGAGCUGUUAAGCAGCUGGACUUGAAUCUCUUUCACUUAAGGAUUGAAAUGAGGUGAUGAGACUGAGUGUUAUGAGGAGAGAGAGAGAGAGAGAGAGGAAACAACAGAUACAGAGAUAUGAGGAGGAGGCACGAGGAGGGUUACUCUGCAUCUCUCUCUGACACACACACACAGAAAGAGAGAGAGAGAGAGAGAGAGAGAGAGAGAGACUGCACACACACACAGUAGCUGGACGCUCGGUCGUUGCCAAACUCGUGCUGCUUUCCUUUCAGCACUACUUCAUCCACACACACACACACACACACACACACACACACACACACACACACACACACACACACACACACACACACACACACACACACAGUGAUCGUCAGAUUUAAAAACAGCUGUACUUUGAUAAAAAAAAAGUAAAGUAAAUAAACAAAAUUCAAGCCCAAUCUUACAAAAAGAUAAAUAAAAAAAAUUAUGAUAAUAAUAAAAAAUAUCCCACUUACCGGCACAAAUAAAAAAAAAUAUUUUAAUAAAUUGUAUUAAAUUCUCACGUUAAGUGAUUAAAAAGACGUCCUACUUAUAUGUGUAGACAUGCUGAAUCACUGAAUUUCUUCCGUGAAAACGAAUCUAAUUUAAUAGAUUCCUUACUUGAGUUUACCUCUUCAUUUAAUAACCUUAGUACAACACUAUCACAGAUAAACCAGCAUAAUAUCUUUAUAUUACUAAUUUAUAAUCUAAUCUUUUUACCACUUCAAAAUCAGGUCAUCCUGAACCCACGUGGGCACGCUGCUUUACAACUUUACGCACGUUUCCUCCUGAAAUAUUGGCAUAGGCCUUUAUAAUGGUUUUGUGCUGCUGUUCAUUUUUCAUGUUUUAUUUUUGCUCGUGAGAACAUGCAUGUGUGUGUGUGUGCACGUGUGUGUCUCAGUCUGUCCACUUCUUCAUAUUGAUUUUUCAUUAUCGGAUAUCAUGUGGACGUUUGAGUAAGAGAGGCCGACAAAGAAAAUAAAGGAUAGCUUAAUUUCACGGUAUUUGCAGGAUAAGAUGAAACGCAAAGAUGAUGGCGUUUGCUGUCGGUUUUUAGAUCGGGCCGUUUUACGUCAAUCACCUAGCUCUUUGUUUAAUAUAAUGGAGCAGUUAAAUGGAGCAGUAUAUAUACAGUUAUCAUCUUGAUUUGUUUUCACAUUAUAGGUUAUUGAAAAAUGGGCUAAAACGUGGCUAUUAAUUCAGACUAAUCCCAAAAUCUGUUAUUGUGUUUUUAAUCGAUGGGUGUCAUAGUUUGGUGAUAAAAGGAAACUAAUGAUGGUAUUUCUGUGAACCUUGUUUGUGUUCUUCACAAUGAAGUCUAAUCUCGUCUUGAACCUAGUUUACAGGUUAGCAGUGUACCAACCCAAAAUGGAGAAACGACCAGGCAUGAAUGAACAGAGCAGUAGAAAAGAGAGUGUAUACGGGUUACAGAAAUGGAAAAACAAUACAAGUCUAUAUCAGCUCCAAGUUCAGCACCACAGACAGUGACGGACUAUUUCACUAUUUCACACAGCACACCAAACAAAGCAAAGCUUUCAUAGCCGAAUUAAAUCCCUGAACAAAGAAAGCAAAAUAAAACUCAACCUUCUACGCUACUACUUAAUAAAAAAAUAUUAAGGCAUUAUGGGAAAAAACGGUCAAAUAUACCAUCCCAGACAAAAAAGGACGCAUUACCAAAUAGACGUUGAAAGGACAGUUCGGGUCAAGCAUUUUCUACAACAUCAUAUCGUAUCUUAUUUUUCUUGAUUUUAAGAGUGCAACAAUAAUUUUCCUCAAACCUAUCAUAAACUUAAAAAAAAUAUAUACAGUCAACGUGUCUUCUCUUUUAUUUUUCCUGACUAAACUGUAAACUGAGGCGUGAUCGUGUUCAAAAUCAGUGGUGAUCAAGUGCACACUGUGACUGAAUUCAUCCUCUUCGCUUCCGUAUCGGUGUGGACUACAAAAUCGUCUUAUUUCGUCUAUAAUAGGAAAGAGCUCUGUUAUGAAACACGAGGCCUAUUUCUGAGGACAUGAGGUGUGGUAUAAAGGCUGUGCCCAUCUGACCUGGUGCUCUCCUGUCCACUGUCCCCGCAGAGAUCCCUCAGUGUGCCGGCUGCAGUCAGCACAUCCUGGACAAGUUCAUCCUGAAGGUGCUGGACAGACACUGGCACUCCAAGUGCCUCAAGUGCGCCGACUGUCAGACCCCGCUGGCCGAUAAAUGUUUCUCCAGGGCCGGAAGCGUCUACUGCAAAGAGGAUUUCUUCAAGUCAGUGCACUUUUUCUGCUUCGCUUUCUAAUUCCCUCUGUCUCGAUUACCCUUUCCCCCAUUUCUUUCUUUCUUUCUUUCUUUCUUUCUUUCUUUCUUUCUUUCUUUCUUUCUUUCUUGCAGCGAUGUUAAUUGUGAUAGAAAUAGACUACAUGACUAAUAUUGAUGGUUUGCUCCAUAAAUCACUUCCAAUUUAGGUUCUGUCAGCUCGAGCUUCAUCUUCACAGUGGGUUAGAAAAUAAAGAACAUGAAAUAAAAUAGGAAUAAAACAUUUAAAGAAAUGAUCUAAUAUAUUAAUUAUUAGCCUGAGUGUUUUUGGGAGUUUUUUUUUCGUAAAGCUUUUACUAAGUCUAUUAUUAUUAUUAUUAUUAUUAUUAUUAUUAUUAUUAUUACUACUACUACAACGAUUAUUAUUAUUAUUAUUAUUAUUAUUAUUAUUAAUAAUAAUACUUUCAUCAUUAUCAUCAUUUUUCUUAUUAUUAUAAUUACUAUUAUCAUUUUUAUUAUUUUUGUUGUGGCGGUAAUGUUGUCACAGAGGGUAAUUUUGGAUAAACUUUUCCCACAUUUAAUAAGAUUUUUUUUUUUUAAUUCUGAAUUGAAAUAGGAUUAGUUAUAAGAGCAAGUUAACAUCUUGUUGCCUGUAUUGAAGUGGUCGGUUCUAUGGGUUGCAUCUACCUGUUUGUAUUCUAUUUCAAACACCUGGACUCAUUCUAAAGUCUUUACUCUUGUAUUUAAUUAAUGCAUUAGCUUAUGCUACUUAAAAAACUAAUUUCAUGCCUGAAUCUGAAUUCUCACAGGCUGUUAUUGUUUUUUUGGCAACAUCAUAAGAGAGCAAAAAAGAGCUCAAUAAGCCCCUUUCUAUUUUUUUUAUAUUUUGCACUUUCUUUCCUCUUUUCUUUCUGUCUUUCUUUCUUGCGGUUGGAUCUCGUAAGCAUUACAGAACAAAAUUGAGUUUGACUUUUAUCCAAAACAGGAUCAGCAGAUCUGGGCUUUUUCCUAAAUCAUGUUUGAAAGGUUUUAAUGCUCAAAGCCUGAAUGGGACCUAAAGAGCUCUGCAGUCUCACUGGGGUCUAACUCUGUUAGGUGACCCAGGGGACAGGGGGGUGGGGGGGUUUGGCGUUUGCAUGUUCGAGAUGUAGUGGGGGGAACAUGUGCGUCUGGAGAACACACACACACAAAUGCUUGAACACAGAAAAGGAUGGAUGCAGAGAGAUUCAGUGGCGUGUGCUUCCCAGCAGUGAUUUGGAAGCCUCACCUUGCUCUUUUUAUUUCUGUGCGUUGGCUGUGUGAUUUAAAGCCUCUCCUGAGUCAGUGUUUUAUUGGUUCUCCUCAGGGUGUGUUUACUGUGAGCACUCCUCCUCCUCCUCCUCCUCUUUCUCUUCUUCUUCUUCCUCUUUCUCCUCUUCUCUAGCUCUCAGUGCUCCAUCUGAAAACACAUAAACAUGCAAACAUGCACACACUCGCAAAGACACACACCGCGCACAGUGCAUUGAUCCUCUCCAUCCAUCAGCCUCAGACAGGUCUAUCAUUAACAGAAAUGCAUUCCAGUGCUGAUUUUACCCUCUACAACAGCUGGAGCUCAGACUAUUAAUACAGACACUGUGCCAUCAUUCUUGGCUGCAGCUGAAGAAAUGGCUGUCUAGCAUGUGAAUUUUUAAUCUGGGCUGGUCUCACCAUCUCCAUCAGGCUGUAAAAUGGCUUUAAAGAGGAGACGGAUGUCAGUCAACCCCGCUUGUGUUAGCAUUAAACCGUCUGAUGGCAGUUCUUGUCUUUUUUUUGUUCUUCUGCAGGCGAUUUGGAACAAAAUGUGCGUCGUGCCAGCAGGGGAUCCCUCCCACACAGGUAGUGCGGAAGGCGCAGGACUUUGUGUAUCACCUGCACUGCUUCGCCUGCAUCAUGUGCAGCCGGCAGUUGGCCACAGGGGAUGAGUUUUACCUCAUGGAGGAUGGGAGGCUGGUGUGCAAGGUGGAUUAUGAGACGGCCAAACAGAACGGUAGGCCUGCAUGCAUGUCAAAGGAAAAUAAUAUCAAUUUACUUUUAAAGGAAGACAUCCAUGACCUGAAAAUAAUUUGUUUUUAUCCGUGCGGUCUGUCACAGUCUGUGUGAUUCAGUGCUGUGGCUUUACCUGUGUGUCAGAUUCACAGUGGACGAUAUGACAGCUCUGUGAACUGUAUAAUGCAGCGAAAUGACUCCUGACUGUGGAUCUAUGUUGUUUGUCGUCUGGGUGGGGAUGCUGCCUCUCUCCCUCUCCUCUGAGGUUUCCAUGAAUCUCUGAUUGGUUAUGUAAAGCAAUGCAUUGCUCUUUUACAGUGCAGCCCCAAUAACUCGGCUCCUCUGGCAUUUGAGCUGAGUAGAUUUAUGUCCUCUGCUGUGGGAGAGAGAAAGAUGCACAAGGACAAUAAUCUGCUUCCAUAUGUGACCGUUCACUUCAUUUAACAUGCAUGUAUUCAACACAAAAGGCCGUAGGAGGACUACCUGGUAAAACAACGUGACAAAUGUAGAAGGAAGUCACUCACACUUGUUGAUGGUGAUGUUUUUCAGACGACUCAGAGGCGGGGACCAAGCGACCGAGGACCACCAUCACAGCCAAGCAGUUAGAGACUCUCAAAAGUGCCUACAAAAACUCACCCAAGCCGGCUCGCCACGUCAGAGAGCAGCUGUCCUCAGAGACGGGACUGGACAUGAGAGUAGUGCAGGUGCAGAGUUUUUACUUUCUCCAGAUGGUUUCAGGUGUCUUUUUUCAGAGAUCUGCACCAAACACAGCAGCUCCGUUAUUCAUCCUGAUUUCAGCUUCUUUAAAACUAGCUCACAUCUGUUAUUAUUAAGCAGCCUUGUUAAUGUAAUGUUGGUAAUUAGGCCUUUAUUUUUUAAGGUUUUUAGGCUUUAGGGUAGCAUCCUCAAAUUGGACUGUGUUUGAUCAAAAAGAGGAUACAAGGAUGGGCGUUAAAUAAAUCUAAAUCUAAUGAAUUGUUCAUAUGUUUGCUUUCAUAAAAGGACUUGACUGUAGUUAUGUGAAUUUCCCAGUUUGGGAUCAAUAAAGUAUAUCUAUCUAUCUAUCUAACGCCCCUUUAAUUCUCUUUGAUCAACUUAAACCUUCUUAUUAUAAAGUGUGAAUCUUUUUGUGGUACUAUUUUGAGUAGUCUUCACUUUUUAUGAUCGUACACCAAGCUGGUCAUGAUGCUUCAUGUGUCAAAGGCUUUUAAGUGAAUGAUAAAUUCUUAUUUUGAAUCAAACACAGUGGAUCAAAGAGAUGAACACCUAAAAAAAAAAGUUUUGAAUGAAUGAAACUAAACAUAAAAAAAUGCUGUUAUGAUCAUUAUCUUUGUCCUUCUUAUCGUUAUGAAGCUUAACUUUAUCUUGUUUAUCAUCUCCAUCAGGUUUGGUUCCAGAACCGACGAGCGAAGGAAAAGCGUCUAAAGAAGGAUGCAGGUCGACAUCGCUGGACCCAGUUUUACAAAAGCGUGAAACGUAACCGAGGAGGGACGAAAGUGGAGAAGGAAAGUUCGGCUGACGAUGCAGGGCUGAGCGACAGCGAGCUGAGCUUCAGAGGUACAGACUGAAGAACUUGAACCCACAUGUCUGUUAUUGACAGGAAAGGUUCCUGAGAGGGAACUGUCAGUGUUAGUGUUGUGCUAAUGGCAUUAAAGGGGCCUAUAAGCUGCUGAAAGACAUAGCUCUGAACACAGCAGCAGCAGCAGCAGCAGGGAUUGAAUGUGUCUUUGUGGCAUUUUUAGAUGUUUUCUUCUGUUGUUCUGGUGCACUGUUCCACUUAUUCAAAAUGGCAUCCUAAUUUUAUAUUCCCUCCACAUCCCCUCAUGACGCAUCCUUCUGCCUCCGUUUGUUGCCGUGAUGGAGCAUAUUGGAAACGAGAGAGGGUCCUUAGUGGGAUGCAAAUGACAUUUUAGACAUCCCCAUGUUAUUUAAUGUUCACAGAGCCCGUUUUGGAAAGUCAUAAAAGUCUUCCAGGCACUUUUAAAAAGAAGGCCAUUUUUAUGAGAAAUGAAAACAUGGUGACAGAAACUCUAUAAAGCAUGUGAGGCUUUUAGCCAAUUAGAGUGGAAGUGCUGUGAGGCUCUGUUGUUAUUGAAUCCACCCAGGGGAAAGAUGGAGAUGGAAACAAAUACUUUGCGCUGUCGUAAUUGCACACAUAUAGAUCACCUUUAGAGAUAAGCAUUUGUUGAUAAUUUCUCACUAACAAAUGCUUGUUAAAUACUUCUGCAGCUCUGUUGUCCACUUACCGUGCCUUCUUUGAAUCCACAUAAUGUUGCCACAAUAAAUCUCUCUCAUAAAAGCACUUAACUGUAUUGAAAUAUAACAACUAUAUAAUGCUGCUGCAGCUGACAGUACUGAUGAUGUUAAAGUUUUCACUCCCCUCUUGCUAAGUGACUGUCUCUCUUCCACAGAUGACCAGGUCCUGUCAGAUCUUGGACACACCAACGGGCUCUAUGGGAGCGUCAGUGAUGUGACCAAUAGCGGCGUGCUGAACGGCAGCUUCUCCGUUGACGCAGCGGGACAGCCGUACCAUGACAUCCGAGCAGGCAGCCCCUACGGUCUUCCUCAGUCGCCCUCCUCCAUUGCCUCCCUGCCUGGCCACACCCCCCUCCUCAACAAUCUGGGCUUCAGCAUGGACAGUCUGGUGGUACAGGGUGGGCCGGGCGGCGUGGGACAGGCGCUGAGGGCCAUGGCUGGGGGCCCGACGUCAGACCUCUCGACAGGCAGCAGUACAGGAUAUCCUGACUUCCCCACCAGCCCCGCGUCAUGGCUGGACGAGAUGGACCAUUCUCAGUUUUGAGUGUAAAACCUGCUGGAAGAUCUCUGUGGGGAUAUGACGAAACAGACACUCAUGGCUUUUUACAUUUCUUUUAAUCACCCAGUGAGACUGGUGCUGUGAGAUUUUGGGUGAAGAGAAGACAGAGGAGAAGAGUGACUCUCAGUCCUUCAGCAGUCAGAACCGGGUCAGGUUGUGUAGUCCAGACAAAAGCAGCGACUAAAACCUCGACUCUGUUUAAAAUUCAAUCUCAACACUGUAUCAUACAAUCCUUUGUGAUCAACUGACUUUAAUUUAUCACCCAUUCAGAAAAAGAGACUGGAUUUCCAAUUAGUCUAUGGAUUUUUUUUUCUAACGGGGAAGACCCCAAAAUACAAACCCCCUGUCUAUCAGCUACAACAUUAGGGCUACAUCCGAGUCCCUGUGAGACCCAGGAGGCACCUGCAUGCUUCUGAUCAAUAAAGAAUGGGACUGCUGUCUGGUCAUAUCAAAGCCUUUACAUUGGCGAUGCACUUUACUCUCCUCUUCUUUUACAUGCGUGGACUGAAACACAGAGAGAGGAGCAGCGAGAAAGAGGAGAGACAUAUGCACAAGGCAAAAACACAGUGUUUCAUUGGGAGUGAAAUUUACAAGAACAGUGGCACAAGUGUGAAUUUUGAACCAUGCGGAUGUUUUUUAAUGUACUGCUGAAGCUUACAAGUCAUUGGAGAGUAGAUGGUCCGUCUGUCCGUCUGUGGAAACGAUGUCUCCUCCUGUUGAGGUGGAGCAAACACAGCAGGUCUCUCUUCUAUAUUUAUAGUUGCUUGACUUGUUCUUGUCUGUUUAGAAGCUGUUUGAGCAGAUAUCCGUCAGUAUUAAGUUUCCAGACUCACCAGGCAUCAAUGUGUUGGAGAAGGGUCCGGAGAGAUUAAACUUCAAUCCUUCUCGUAAUCAUAUCACACGUCUAAAUUAUUAACUUAUUUUUGAAUGCACAGAUGUGAAACAAAGAGAUUUUUACACGUGAGAAAAGUAAAAGGCCACACACACACAUGCUCGGAUCAGCUGGCAUUCAAAUCACCGUGAAGUAUUAGCGGGAGUAAUGCUAAACUUUUGCUUCGUUUUAGCUCUUCUUUUCCUUGGUCUGAUCAAGGCUUGUCUCUGUAAUCUACUCAGUCCAGCAGAGCUCCAGCUUUGCCUGCGAUCAACCUACUUACUGACCCCCAGAUGUGUCGCCAGUCUGUUCUCUCCUCUGCCUGGCCUCCAUGUCAGAGGGAUUACCACAGAGCCCCCCAUUAUCAGUGCUGAUACUCUGUGCUGUAGCUUCACUGCAGACACGACUGUAGGGUCGAUGUUACAGUUCAGGCCACAACAGCUUCAUCCUAAAUCCCCACAUGAUAGCCGAUUCACCGAAAGAACCCCUGUUGAUGAACCGAACUUGUCCUACAGCUGAGAGAGAGCAGCUGCUAGUUUGGUUUCACCCGGGCCGGCAUGUCAAAUUAUUUUGAUUUGAGAGGAGGAGGUUUGCAAAAAACUCACCUUUACUUGUCUUUCUGUUUAUCAAAUGUAGAAAAAAGAUCAAAUCUUAUUUAUGUGGUCAUCAAUUUGUUAAAGAUUGCCAAAUUCAUCAUUCAAGAAUGUCCUUUUUAUGAGUCCAAAAAGACAGGCAGGUAGAUUCAAGAUUCAAGCUUUUCUAUCAUCAGUUUCUGUGAGUACAUAGAUAGGUAACACUCUUCAUUACAGCCUACAAAUUACACUGUGACUUAAUUUAAUAUAAAUGGCACAAAUAAUAAUCAUAAUAAAAAAUGUUAACCUCGCUCAGAUGAGAAGUAAAUUUAAUGGAAGUGGAUAUAGUUUGGAAACAAGAGUGUGUCUCAUGCUCUUAUUACUUAAAUUAUACAUUUCUUUAAAUCAGAUGAUAUUUUUAACUUCAUGGGUGACCGUAGUUAUACUAAAUUAAGCAUGGAGCUGCUAAAAUUAGGAUGCACUGUUUAGUAUUUCGAAGAAUUAGUAAGCGUUUGCUUGGUUUUAAAUUUAAUCAUUCGAGAAAAGGUUUUAAAGUACAUGUUAGGAUGUAGAUUACUGUUGCUGCUGCAAAAGAAAACAUCCAAAGUAUUCAAAAAGUACCAAACUUACAGUACAUUUCCAAAACCCAGCAGGGAGUUUUAUUUGUACGUCCUUUAUACUUGAUAAAAACAGUGCAAUUUGUGGGCUGUAUCUUAAAGUGUUACAUAUCAUUUACACACAAAUGCUCUGCCAGGAUGGUUUUGUUCAGUCUGUGUUGCCUCACAAAUUUGCAUCUUAAUUGUUGUAAAUUUUGUACAGUUUGAAAACGUGUUGAUCGUCUUGUUUCAUGAGCGCUAUUUAUUAUUGCCAUGUGUCUUUGAAAAAGAUGUAAAAGAGAGCACUGAAUUUAUUCAUUUAUGCCUUCUGUGUAAUGGUAUGAACUGUGUACAGUCAAAUCUAUAUGAGGAAAAUAAAGCUGAAUUGUCUUUGGGUUA